AAACGGCCGACGUGGCAGGCCCACAGACGUCGCUGCCUGACGAGAACAAGCAUUCGGCUUCGGACCACCGUCAGAGGCAGCGAAGGCUACGAGCUCAGGCCACUGAGGCUACGAGGCGGCGCAGUUUGCGACGUGGUUGGCAACGGAGAUGCUAAGUGGAUGGCAACCGCCUCUGAAUUUCUAUUUCCAAGAUCCAACAGAGCUAGCUAUUAUUACGCGUUCGAUGGAGACAGUGUGCUCCAGCGCAGAGCUGCGGCUUGCGUCAACGCUCCUCAACGUGCCACCCGGUGCCAAGCCGCGGCCGCAGUCGGUCUCGUCGGCGCGCCGACAGACACCGCAGCAGCUCCGACAACUCGCAACCAAAAAGCGACCACCGAGUCCACCGGAAGACCGGUGGCUGGCUGGCUACACCAAAAUCAAGAAGCUUGGCGCUGGUGGCUUUGGCACCGUCUGGCAAGUGAUUGACGCCAAAACGAGCGCGGCUUUCGCCCUUAAGCAGAUCCCCAAAGACGAGGCGCUCAUGAGCAAUGCCGUGGCAUCUGCGAUUACCGAGGCGCGAGUCGGCACGACCUUGUUUGCGGGCGUCGACGUGGUUGGCGACAAGCUCCGGCAACGACUUCCGCCGUCGUCGUCGUCGUCGUCCUCGGCCAAGGGACCGCAGCUCGAGUGCAUUGCGCAGCUGUACCGCGUCAUUGAAACCAAGCACGAUCUCUGGCUCCUCUUUGAACAAGGCGGCGAAACGCUGCAUAAUAUGCUGUUUGAGAUCAAAGGCGAUUUCUACCAAGGCUCGCGCGUCUACAAGAUUCUGCACAAACCACUGUAUGUCGCCAUGCAGGAAAACAUCCAGCUUCUCAAGACGCUUCUGCGGCAGCUCAUCUCGGCGGUCGCGACGCUCACUGAGCUCGGCGUCGUCCACGCCGACAUCAAGCCCGACAACAUCCUUGUCACGUCGACGCUGCUGCCCAAUGGAAAGCGCGAACUCCACUUGAAGCUCAUCGACUUUGGCGCGGCGUUUCGCGCGGCCUCGCCGCGCCUCUCGUCGGCGACGACACCCGAAUAUGUCCCACCCGACAUCCACGAGCUCUUGCGCACCAAGCACAGCGCCAAUCACAUCAAGCUCUACUUUGAGGACCACUGCACGCCGCAUGCCUUCGAUAUGUGGUCGGUCGGAAGCGUCUUCCUCGAGAUUGCCGCCGGUGUCCCUAUCUGGUUUGCCUUCAAGUCCCGCGUCGAUGAGAGCGCCAAGCCCCGGCUCGUGACGGGCCUCAUGUCGGCGCCCGGCCGACACCCCGACAAGAUUGCACUGCGCCAGACGUACGUGGCCGGGAAUCUCGCCAAGUGCCUGCGCGACUCGCCCGGCAUGAACGUCGAGAGCAAGCGCUGGCAACACGGUGUCGACCUCCUCCAGCGCAUGCUUACCGUGUGUCCGCGCCAGCGCAUUUCCCCGCAGGAGGCGCUCGCCCACCCUUUUCUCAGCGCGUUAUAACAAGGCCGUAAAUCGCUUGAGGACUUUUCUAGCGAUGGGACAGAUUUUCCAACAACGAAUUUGUCAUACUUCGAGG